CCUAAAAAAUAGCAUCCACAACCAAGAUCAUGUCAAGCUCCCGAAGCCUAGAUAAACCCUUGACAACCUUCGACACAAACCAAACUCAAACGGGAUUCGCACUCAUUCACCAAACCGCAACAAACAACACCACAACACAAGCUCCCACCGGAGAGAGACGUGGUCGGAGAUCGAAGCAGGCCGAGCCGGGGAGGUUCCUCGGAGUCAGGAGACGGCCGUGGGGCCGUUACGCAGCUGAGAUCAGAGACCCGACCACCAAAGAACGUCACUGGCUCGGGACGUUCGACACUGCCCACGAAGCGGCUCUAGCUUAUGACCGAGCCGCUCUCUCAAUGAGAGGCACUCAAGCCAGAACCAACUUCGUCUACACUCCCACUGAUAUUCACACCAUCCUCACAAACCCUAAUCUCCACUCCCUCAUCGUCUCUCCUUACAAUAAUCUCCAACCCCUUUUGCCAAACGCUCCUUCACAGUUCGUCAUCGAUCACCACCACCACCAAUAUUACCAUGAACCAAAAUACACCCUCCACCAAACCGCUACCGCGGCGUCUGCCAAAACGCCGGUUCAGUCCAACUCCACCGACCUCGCGUUCCGGAGUCCACAGAACUCUUCAAACGGUUCGUUGUCUUCGUCUCUAGACGACGAAAACAACUUUUUCUCGUUAGCCGGCGAAGAACGUAGCUCGAACUCGGGUUACUUGGAUUGCAUUGUCCCCGGACACUGUCUGAAACCGCCGCAAAACACCGAAAAGACACACAUCAACGACACCAAAGCCUCUGAAUCAGACGGAUGGUUUCGUUACUUGGCCGAAAGCGAAGCCCUAAUGAAUCAGUGGGACAAUACUAAUGACAAUGAUAAUCAUCAUCAGUCUGGUUCGUGUGAUCUCUCGGCCAUGAUCAGCAAUUAUAGUAAUGCUCCUGCAAUGUCAAUGGAGGUUCAUAAUCAAAUCAAUGGCGCUGGUGAUUAUGCAGUAAUGUCGCAAGACUUUUGUUCUUCUUUGUCUUCUUCUUCUUCCUCCUCUGUGAAUGCUGCUGCAGCACAGUUUCCUUCUUUUGGAGAUGUACUUGCAGAAACAGGCUUCUACUCACUCUUCUGAGUCAUUCUGUCUCAAUAUAUAUAUAUGUACUGUUUCUGUCGUUGUUGCUGUUAUAUAUGCUAUGUAUCAUCGUCCCUGUAUUCUUAUUAAUUGUUAUCAUAAGAUACAUUUGUAUGAAGUUUUUGGCCU